GAUUACAACUCCAUGUUUUGAGAGAUCGUAGGGAAAUCUUAGAUCUUCUAGUAGAUUUGCUGGAUCGGACGAUCCACCAACACUUUCACAAUUAGAAGGCAACUAGACAACUAGCUAUGAGUAUUUCAACGAUCUGAUAUUCACUUCAUCUUAUAACUGACCCGAUUUAAUCCGACAUAAAAAUAAAUUUACAAUCAUAUAAACAUCGACACAAGACCCACUCUUGAACCGAUCUGAAACACCUGACUCGGUAAUUCUAAUGAAUACUUCUACAACUAGCUAAGAAUCGGAGGACAAAAAUUAUUGUCCUACAUAGCGAAAAUGCAACCGACAACCCCUAUUAUCACACAAAAAUAAAAGAAAAUCUCUCAACCACUGAAUUAACCCAAAAUUCUCUAUAUAAAUCCGCCUUUUAGCAGUCUUGUUUCCGCAUAAUCCCCACUUCCAAACAACUCCUCAUCCUAAAAUGCCUUCAACCCUACAACUACAAGUUUCAGUGGUGCUCAUAAUGGUUGCUUGUCUUUCAAGCACCUUAGUAACGGGCCAAAAUUGUGGGUGUGCUGCUGGUUUUUGCUGUAGCAAAUUCGGGUACUGCGGAAACACAGCUGCCUACUGCGGUGAAGGAUGCAAACAAGGACCUUGUUAUUCAUCUACACCCACCCCUACUGGGGGCGGCACUACUACAGUUUCAGUCCCAAGUUUAGUGACUGAUGCCUUCUUUAAUGGGAUUAAAAAUCAAGGAGGAUCUGGCUGUGCGGGUACCAACUUCUACACAAGGUCUGCUUUCUUGAAUGCCUUGAAUUCCUAUCCUCAGUUUGGUAAGGGAGGCUCUUCUGAUGUUACCAAGCGUGAAGUUGCUGCUUUUUUUGCCCAUGUCACUCAUGAAACUGGACAUUUUUGCUACAUAGAAGAGAUUGCAAAAUCAACAUAUUGUGAAGCAAGCGCACAAUGGCCAUGCAACCCGAAUAAGCAAUACUACGGACGAGGACCAAUUCAACUAACAUGGAACUAUAACUACGGAGCAGCUGGUAAAAGUCUUAAUUUCGAUGGUAUAAAUUCACCAGAAAGAGUUGCAAACGAUCCUGUUUUAUCCUUUAAGACAGCCUUCUGGUUUUGGAUGAACAAUUGCCACAAUCUCAUUGUCUCGGGCCAAGGAUUCGGGGCCACCAUUCGGGCUGUAAAUGGAAUCGAAUGUAAUGGUGGUAAUUCCCCUGCUGUUAAUGCUCGUGUGAGAUAUUAUCAGCAGUAUUGUAGCCAAUUUGGUGUUUCUCCCGGCCCUAAUCUUUAUUGCUAGAUGCUACUCAUUACUCAAUCAAAUGUCUUGCUAGCUAUAUUCGAGUUUUCAGUCUUUGAAAACUAAAUAAGUAAUACUCCUAGUAUUACUAUUUAUUAAGCUGUAUAAUAUAAUAAUAAUUUAAAUAAUAUUACGGCUUCGUUGUUGACC